CAUUAUAUCAAUUUCAUAAAAAUAUGUUGGUUUUACGUUUAAAAAUAUAGCAUAGAUGGCAUCAUCAUCCAUAUGUGAUUAAUCUAUCGAUCAGGUCCACGUUGGUAGCUGUGGGUUAUCUAGUUUUUUAUUAAGAACACAGGUAUUAAAAUGAAAAGCAAACCAUGCGAUAGAAAUGCGGUUUGGGAGAAGAAUUAUUCAUGUAUUUGUCUCUGUAUUCGCCAUCAUUGGCACUGUGUAUUUCAUUUGGCUUCAAAAUGAAAAUUCCGAGAUACCCAAAGUAUUGAGAGAAAAGAGAAGACCAAAAGAUUUUAUUGAUCAUCCAGUUUUCGAUCGUAAAACAUCCCUACCGAUUCUAUCGUUUCCAAAACUAAAUAUUUUUAAAGGGGGAACAGAAAAUGAAAGUAACAAGAUAUCAUGCGUAAAACUGAAUACAUUUAGAGGGCAGACACCAAUAUGUAUAUUCGAUCCAGAGAUAGAUAGAAUGAUAUCGUCCUAUGUAAAAGAUUAUGGAACGUGGGAACAAGAUUUGAUGAAUGAAACAGGACAGGUGCUCCUACAAAAACCUUAUCUGACCUUUGUUGACAUUGGAUGUAAUAUAGGAACUUUCACACUGUUCAGCGCUAAACUUGGAACUCGGGUCAUUGCUAUUGACAUUUUAGAAUCUGCACUAAACCUUGUGCACAAGUCUCUUUUAAAAGGCGGUUUGAAGCAAAAUGUAACCCUGGUAUUGAAUGCCAUAUCAGAUACAAGAGAAAACGUCAAGGUUCAUGUCGUGAAAGAAAACCCUGGAGGAAGCUAUAUAGAGCAAAAUAACACAAGUGAUAAGUCCGUCGAUGCUAUACUGUUAGACGACUUGAUAAGUCUUGUAGGACCGGGUUCCGUUUUCUUAAAAAUGGACAUAGAAGGUAAUGAGCACAAAGCUUUGAAAGGAGGAAGUAGAUUUUUCCAAGUUUUAAACGUGGAACAUAUCUUUAUGGAAUGGAUGCUACACAGAUACAGUCCUAAUGGAAAAGAAAUCGUCCAUUUUUUGCUCAGAAAUGGCAUGUUGCCUUACGAAAGCUUGUCAAGACAAACCCCGCUGGACCUAAAAAGAUCAUACCAGUGGCCAGAUAAUAUAUUCUGGAGCAAAAGAUGAAAGAAAAUACAUCCUAACUGUCUUGUCGAAAGAACAGUAGACUGAACAUCAUACUUGAUGUUUAAGACAUGGACUGAACAUUUUUCGCAAUUUGAAGUGGUGUAAAAAAUCGUGGAUGAAACACAUGGUUUGAAUCAAAAGUCCAGUGCAAUCAAUUGAAUGAAACAAAAACCAUUAUAUAGUCUAUAUUUCCAACAGAGAUACUAAUAGACAAGAGUUGAGUAUUGUUUUGAUAACGACCAUUCCUUCAUGUCCUUACGGGAUAGGAUCGGGUAGGGAAAAUAUGUAGUAUUCACAUACAUCUUACAUCCCUAAACAAUAACAAAUAUAUGUGAAAAAAAGGAUUAAUUUCCUAUGAUGUCAUAUCGUACUGAAUAGUUUAAGACAUUAUUACAAUGGCACUAUACAGCUACUUCACCGAUUUAAAGGACAAAUCUAACCCUCUGGUUUCGGAUUACUGCAUAAAUUCGAGUCGUUGAAAAAGGGUUAUUGCUGUCGUCUGUCUACUUUAUGCACGACAUGCAAAUAAAUUAUUAAGAAAUCAAUGGUUUCUGUAUGUAAAUCGUAUCAACAUUAACAACAAAAGGCAGGGAUAUACUGUUACCCGAAACUUUUUUCCGUAUUUCAGAUUAAAAAUAUCUUACUAGUAUUUUA